AUUUUGUAUCAUUGAAGGACCUGAGACAGUUCAAGACUUUGCUAAUAUGGAAUUGCAAGAAAUUCAAGACAAUAUUAGAAGCCGUCGAAAUAAAAUCUUUUUGCACAUGGAGGAGGUUCGCAGGCUAAGGAUACAACAAAGAAUAAAAAGUGCUGAACUUGGAAUAUCAAAUGAAGAACGAGAAAAUGAACUUCCUGAUUUUCCAUCUUUCAUUCCAUUUUUGCCUCCCUUGACACCAGCAAAUCUAAAGCUGUACUAUGCUUCAUGCUUCUCUCUCAUUGCUGGAAUUAUAAUCUUUGGUGGACUUCUGGCACCAACUCUGGAGCUUAAAUUGGGAUUAGGGGGCACAUCUUAUGCAGAUUUUAUCCGUAGUGUGCAUUUGCCAAUGCAAUUAAGUCAGGUUGAUCCGAUAGUAGCAUCAUUCUCGGGGGGAGCAGUUGGAGUUAUCUCAGCCCUAAUGGUUGUCGAGAUUAACAAUGUCAAGCAGCAAGAGCACAAGAGAUGCAAAUACUGUCUGGGAACUGGAUACCUUGCCUGUGCUCGCUGUUCAAGCACUGGAGCUAUUGUUUUAAUUGAGCCCGUUGCUACAGUUAAUGGUGGCGAUCAGCCUUUAUCACCACCAAGAACAGAGAGGUGUUCGAAUUGUUCAGGGUCAGGAAAGGUCAUGUGCCCCACAUGCCUCUGCACAGGGAUGGCAAUGGCCAGUGAGCAUGAUCUCCGAAUUGAUCCAUUUGACUAAAGGUGCAUGCUUCUAUUCACCAUAGGGACAAAUUGAGAUGCAACGCGUUCUGUACACAUGCCAUAUAGUGACUGGUACAUGAGUUUAAGGAUGAGUUCACAAACAACCCUCUGUUUUAUAUAUAUAGCACGCUCAACCUCAUGAUAGCCAUAGAGGCCACAUCUUGCCUAAAUCAGUGUUUCAGAUCUAAUGUUGUCUGAUUAAUUAUCUGUUCAGUUUGUGCUUCUAUCUUGGCAUAUAUUGUAGGCACUUGGAGAAAAUAUCCAGUUUUCUAUUGGUUUGCUGAUACUUAUUCUACAUUGCGAUGAAUGUCCUAUUGUUCUCUAAAUAUCCGACAGCCCUGGCUGCUGAAAGAUAUAUUCUGUCCUAUUUGGAAGCGGAAGACUGCAUGCUCCUCUUCCGGUAGCCUAUGCUAGCUUUGGCGGCUCACUAUUUCUAUUAACGAGUUUUUAGCUUCAAUACAUGGAGCAUGUUGUAACAACAGCAAGCCACACACACCCACACACAUAAAAGAAGAAGAAGAAAGGAAAGAAAAGAAAAGAAAGUUUACAUUUCAAAUUCCUGGUUUCUUUGUGGACAUAUUGGCACUUCUUGCACUUGACAUUUCAUAUUUCUGGUUUGAUUCUAUAAAUUAUCAUCCUCGUAUUGCCUUUGCAAGCA